AUGGAGCGUAUUAAUGAAGCUGCAAAUUGUGAAAAUGGGUUGCUUGCGAUGGCCGGUGGCAAUGAAAGAGGCGGCGGUGUUGGUGGUGAAGGUGGUGGAAACGUGGAAGAGGUGACUCUUAAAAAGGGUCCUUGGACAACCACAGAGGAUGCUAUUCUAAUAGAUUAUGUAACAAAGCAUGGUGAAGGAAAUUGGAAUGCGGUGCAAAGGAACACAGGGCUUAAUAGAUGUGGGAAGAGUUGUAGACUCAGAUGGGCUAAUCAUUUAAGGCCCAAUUUGAAGAAGGGUGCUUUCUCCCCUGAGGAAGAGAAGCUCAUUGUUGAGCUACAUGCACAAUUUGGCAACAAAUGGGCUCGAAUGGCUGCUUUGUUACCUGGAAGAACAGACAAUGAAAUCAAGAACUACUGGAACACAAGGAUCAAGAGGCGCCAGAGACAGGGUCUUCCUCUCUAUUCAGAUGACCAUGAUCAUCAUUCACCAUCCACACCCACCAACACCUCUUCCCCAUGUGUCACCCCAACAGGAUCAAACCCCAACACUGCCCCAAAGUUUGAGUUUUUAAACCAACAUCAACACCACCCUCUAUCUCCAACUGCACCACAUCAUUAUUCUCCUCUCACUUCCCCUCUCCAACAUAGACCACCCUCAAACUAUAAUUCACCUCACACUUUCUUAGACCCUUCGCCUCUUCCACUAUCCUCAUCUUCACCUUCCCCUCUCUCCUUCACAUUCCAAAGACCUGCACCAGUUCUAUGCACUCCUCUUCGCUUCAAGCGCUACCGUUCCACUCCAAGUUACAACCUCCAAGCCCCUUCCAUCACCCCUUUUUCAUCUUCACUCUCUGAUCCUACUUUGACUACCCAUUUAACUGAUCCUGAAGGUUUCAGGUUCCCAAGUUCAAGUUUUUCUCAGUUUUUUCAACCCAAUUUGUUAGACUCCGAUCGAGGGGUUUCUUCUUCUUCCUCUUCCUCUUCAAUUUUCCCGACCAAGUUUGAACUCCCUUCAAAUCAUUUCUCAAAACCACUACUCCAAGAGCAAGAUAUUAAGCUUGAUAUUGAGUUCAAUGAUCCUGCUUUUCAAACCAGUAGUGGCUUGCUUGAGGAUCUUCUCUUGGAGGCUCAAGCACUGGCUUCUGGCCAGAACAUAAAGAAACGAAGUUACUUGAGUUUGAAUGAAGGAAAUGAUGUGUUUGAUGGGUGCCAAAGCUUUGAGGACUUGCCACUUAGUUCUGUUUAUUGGUCUUCUUCUACUCCAGGAUCCAAACCAAAGGAAGAAGCACCAGACCUGAGCAAAUUUAUGAAUGAGGACUUGUCAUCAUUGCUUACAGUACUUCCUUCUUCCAAUGCUCCAGUUCAAGAUUGGCAUAAUAACAAUGCACCAGAAGCCUCCAAUGUCCAUUCCUCUGGUAGUGUCAUGACAGAUGACAAUUUUGGACUUGACAUCAAACCCAUAGCUUCUUUGUUUCCUCUUACCAACACAACUAACCAUAAUGAAAACCCUGGUUGCUACACUUGGGACAAUUUACCUGGACUCUGCUAA